UUUUUUUUUUUUUUUUCUUUUUCUCUUCUUUAUUUUUUUUGUUUUUAUUUUUAUUAUCAUUAUUGUCAUGAGUCAAAUCAAUCCUGAUCGUCCUCUUCUUGUUGGUCCCGAAGUACCUAUUGCUCCUUUUCCAUACAAAAUCAUCGGCACAGUUGUCAAAGGAUAUGGAAGAGGAUCUCGUGAACUUGGUAUUCCGACAGCCAAUCUCUCGGACAAUACUCUUGAAAUGUUUCCUCCAGAAUGCCAUACAGGAGUUUACUAUGGCUUCGUUCAAAUUGACCAACCCAAAUCUACUGUAUACCCUAUGGUGAUGAGUCUAGGCUGGAAUCCUUAUUAUCACAACGAAAAACGUUCAGCAGAAGUACAUAUUAUUCAUGAAUUCCCUCAAGACUUUUAUGGUGUAGACAUUCGAGUAUUAGUAUUAGGAUAUAUCCGACCUGAACAGGAUUAUCCAUCCUUAGCUGCUCUUAUCCGGGAUAUCAAGACUGAUGUGGAAGUGGCAAAACAUUCAUUGAAACGACCGGCUUAUGAACAAUUACAAAAUGAUGAUUUGUUUACUACUUAGACAACCCUGGUUAUCAUUAGUUAGUUGAUAUAUAGAAUAGCAAACUUUAUUUUUAUAUUCAUUGAUAGAGAGAGAGAGACUGGUUCUUUUAAAAGGGGGGACAAAUAAUAAAAAAAGUGUGAUUUUUAUUUUUUA